UAGCUCGCUGUUACAUUCUUUAAAUCAAGCUUUGCAGAAAAAGCAUAUGUCAUAUCACAAGGUAUAUGACACACAGGUGACAAAUAUUGGUUAUGAACAAGUCAGUGUUCUCCUUUCUAAUUGGCUCAUAAUAAUCUCGCGGACUGAUAAAAGGUGCUCUAAAUUCAGAGAGCAACUAUAGUCCUCCUUGGCACAUAACAUUUCAGAGGAAAAAAAAGACUGCAAAAUGAAGCUUCUUCUCCUUACAACAUUUGUUGCAACCAUCUGCUGUCAGGUCAAUGCAGGCAAGACAAAGAAGUUGUUGGCAGCUAUGCUUGGUAUGAACCCUGGGAUGAUGGCAGGUAUGAACCCUGGGAUGAUGGCUGGUAUGAACCCUGGGAUGAUGGCAGGUAUGAACCCUGGGAUGAUGGCUGGUAUGAACCCUGGGAUGAUGGCAGGUAUGAACCCUGGGAUGAUGGCAGGUAUGAACCCUGGGAUGAUGGCAGGUAUGAACCCUGGGAUGAUGGCAGGUAUGAACCCUGGGAUGAUGGCAGGUAUGAACCCUGGGAUGAUGGCAGGUAUGAACCCUGGGAUGUUGGCUGGAGGAAUGGCAAACGGAGUGGUGAACCCCCGGUUAAUGGCUGGAGGCCUGAACCCUGCCAUGGUAGCUAGUGGAGGGGCAGGUUUCAUCGGGCAGCCGCAGUUUGUCCAGUUUGCUCAACGAGUUCCUGCUUUUGCUGCUCCAGCCCCUAUUGCCAAUGUGUACGCUGUCCCUGCAGUCAAUGGGUUUCCCUUCAUGGGAGUGCCUCAAGGUGCACAAAUGAAUCCUCCUCAGCAGCCUCAGAUGGGGGUCCCAGGUGGUGCCAUGCAACAGCAGGUUCCCCUUCAGGCUGAUCCAUUCAGAAGAUUCAGACGUCAGAAUGUGAAACAAGACAACACCUUGAAGGCCACUGUGGAUACCCAGAUUCCAGCUCCCAUUGAAGCUACUACAACCACUCCCUGUGAGGGGGGAGUUCGUCAUGAAGAUUAUUAAGAUGACAGUGAUACAUUUUAAUCAGAUAUGCAAGAAGUAUCAAAAUGAUAAUAAAACUUGAUUUGUAUGAUUUUGUCUCGACCAAUGACAAUGGAAUCUGUUUGUCUUAUUAAUUAUUAUAAGACUUUAGACUAACUUAAUGAAUCUCAGUAAAAACAAGUGUGUGGCAUGUUAACUGUGAAAUAAAAUAAACGAUUCUUUAAUCAAA